CGAGUGUCAUGAUUAAGUGACGUCAGUCUGGUGUCACCUGAACUUCAAUGGACGAAAUUUUGUUGUGUUUUUUAUCUGAUCGCUCCUUAAUCCCGUGUUAAUCGUUCGGAAAUUGUUCAAAUUUGUCGUGUUUAACUCUUUUUCGGAAAGUCGUGUGAUUUGCUUUUCUGCCUCGAUGCUCGCCCAUUAAUAUUUGAGCCGCCGAAGUUCUUUUCGAUCUUAUUUACCGUAAAAUGACCCUUGCGGAGCCUUAGAUCAAGAAUUGGCAGACAGUCGCCAUUUUUUCGUUACUAGGGUUUUUGAAUUUAAUUUGUACGGCUCUGCAAGCCUUCCUCCCCUCGAUCCAAUCAUCCGCUCUUGCAAAUUUCGUCGUUCGUGAGGCGAAGUACCGUGAUAUCUCGUUGAGUUACCCGUGAACUUUAAAGUACCCCUUGAUAAUGACCGUGCUUUCCAACCCGUCCGAGUGUUAAGUGUAUUUUCUUUAUUUUAUGGUUUCAGUUUUAGAAUCAGUGGAUAACAUUCAGAAAUCAGUGGAUACAUCCAUCGAGAACAUUAAGAUCUCCGAUGGAUCUGUUGAUAUUACCAUCGGAAUGACCGACGCCCAUUGGAUCUCUGGAGGUGGCGCUGGCGUGAAGAUGGAGCAUCACUUCCAAGCUGCGCUGGAUCCCCGGAAACAAGAAUUGUUGGAAGCGCGCUUCAUCGGAGCACGGAUGUCAGCAGGCUCACAAAUCCAAAUGGCUCCACAAUCCGGUCUAAACAACUCAGGACAAGCUAUUCAUAGCCAAGACUCUAAUAUGAGCACCGGUUCAUCUCAUAGUGAUAAAGAAACUGAAUCAACUCCUGAGAAACUUUCAAGGCCCGGAUCAGAAAGGAAACGAAAGCGGAAAGGAGAAGAGGGUAUCGGCGGAGGGGGAAAAAGUAGUCCCCGAAUAAUCAGUGAUAAUAAAAAGAUCAACGAGUAUUUUGCUAGCAAGCAUUCUGGUACUAGUCCCAUUCGUUCUCAUGGUGGAGCAAAAAGUCCUUCUCCUGCUCAACAGGGGUAUUCAAUGUUCCCACCAUCUCCUCAACAAGUUAUAAUGCCUACAACACAGGUGCAAACGGUUCCUCCAGAUUAUCCAAGUCUAAUGCAUCCGCCUAGACCUCACCCCCCUACCAGCAAUAUGAUCUGUAAACAAGUUCAGACGGAGCUCACCCGACAAAGGUUACAAGAAAUUGAAACCCAGUCAUCAUGUGAUAUGGAAGCUAAGAAUAAUAAAAUUGAAGAAUUAAAUAGGACUAAUGAAGAAUUAAGAUUACAAUUAGCUGCUUCACAAAAAGUAAUAGAUUCACAUAAAGCACAUAUAAAUAAAUGUAUUGAUGUUGUUAAAAAAUUACUUAAAGAAAAGUCAAAUAUAGAAAAAAAGGAAGCUCGCCAAAGGUGUAUGCAAAACAGGUUAAGAUUAGGUCAGUUUGUAACGCAGAGGGUAGGAGCCCAGUUUCAAGAAAAUUGGACUGAUGGAUAUGCAUUCCAGAAACUUUCUCGGCGGCAAGAGGAGAUUACUGCGGAAAGAGAAGAAAUAGAUAGGCAAAAGAAAUUAUUAGUCAAAAAACGACCUGCCACGGAAACAGGACGGAAAAGGGCUGGUAGUCAGUCAGGUGGUCAGGGCAGUCAAAGUAACCCCGCAACACCAGGCCAAGCCAAUUCCAAUGCUUCGUCGUCCUCUUCCAAUACGGCAAUGCACAAUGGUACGGAUAAUGCUACGUUCCUCAAACCCGAUGCUGUGUCUGGCUUAUCGUGGCAAGAAUACUAUGAGGCAGAUGAAAUACUAAAAUUGCGUCAGUCAGCAUUGAAGAAAGAAGAUGCUGAUCUUCAACUAGAAAUGGAAAAGCUGGAAAGGGAACGUAAUUUACAUAUUCGUGAAUUGAAACGUAUUCAUAACGAGGACCAGUCGAGGUUCAAUAAUCACCCAGUGCUCAACGAUAGGUAUCUUUUACUGAUGCUCCUUGGAAAAGGUGGCUUUAGUGAAGUUCACAAGGCAUUUGACUUAAAGGAACAAUGCUAUGUUGCUUGCAAAGUCCAUCAAUUAAAUAAAGACUGGAAAGAAGAUAAGAAAGCAAAUUAUAUAAAGCACGCUUUAAGGGAGUAUAACAUCCACAAAGCGCUGGAUCAUCCCAGGGUUGUGAAACUAUUUGAUGUUUUUGAAAUUGAUGCGAAUUCAUUUUGCACUGUCCUAGAGUAUUGUGAUGGUCAUGAUUUAGAUUUCUAUUUGAAGCAGCACAAGACAAUUGCAGAACGAGAAGCUAGGUCGAUAGUGAUGCAAGUUGUAUCUGCUCUUAAAUAUUUGAACGAAAUCAAACCUCCUGUCAUACACUAUGAUCUUAAACCAGGUAAUAUAUUAUUAACAGAAGGUAAUGUCUGUGGAGAGAUCAAAAUCACUGAUUUUGGUCUUAGUAAAGUGAUGGAUGAGGAAAAUUACAAUCCAGAUCAUGGAAUGGAUCUUACCUCUCAAGGUGCUGGAACUUACUGGUAUUUACCUCCUGAAUGUUUCGUUGUUGGAAAGAACCCACCUAAAAUAUCCUCCAAGGUUGACGUAUGGAGUGUUGGAGUUAUAUUUUAUCAAUGUCUCUACGGCAAAAAGCCAUUUGGACACAACCAGUCUCAGGCAACUAUUUUAGAAGAAAAUACUAUUUUAAAAGCAACGGAAGUUCAGUUUGCGAAUAAACCUACUGUUAGUAAUGAAGCAAAGAGUUUCAUAAGAGGAUGUCUUCAGUAUCGGAAGGAAGAUAGAAUUGAUGUUUUUUCGUUGUCAAGACAUGAAUACCUCCAACCUCCGAUUCCAAAGCAUGGAAGGCAGUCAGCAAACAAUCAACAGCAACAACAGCAACAACAACAGCAGCAGCAACAACAGCAGCAACAACAACAGCAGCAGUUAUGCGCGUCAUUUUCGACAGGGAUGUUUAGCGGAAUGAAUGCCUCUAGUUCGUCGUAGUGCGUUAUCAGCUUCUUCAAGUUACGUUUUUAGUUUUUUUUCAAUUAUUUCAGUGCAUAAUUCAUUUUAUGAAAGGUUCGCAACAUUGUGAUUAUUAUUAUUAUUAAUAUUUUCUGUUUAGUGUUUAUACUAAUUAACUGUAUUGAAAAAAAACAAGAUAUCAGAAAAAAAGGAAUAAUGCGAAGGAAAAAUAAUAACAUUUGUAUGAUAAUGUUAAUUGCUGUUCUCAGCAUAGACUAUAUUUAAGGUUUAUUUUAAUUCAUCGUGAGUAAUAAUAAUUAAUAAUAAUACAUUAUUUAUUUAUUUGUUUAUUUAUUUUUUUCAUGCUUGUGUAUUAUUAUUAUUAUUAUCGUCGUCAUCAUCAUCCUCAUUGUCGUCAUUAUCAUCAAUACUAUGAUUAUGAUUAUCAUCAAUAUUAUCAUAUAUUAUUAUGGCUAUUAUUAUUUUUUGUUAUUAUUUUUUAAUGUCUUUUACUUUGUAGAAACUGUUAUUCUUGGACUUAUAAGAUAGAUAUUCAAUUUUGUGAUACUCUUGGAAUUUAUUUAUAUCAUGUUUCUGUCAUGAAUUUUGUUCUAUCUGACGCUCACCCUAUUACAUUUUAUUUGAUUGAUUUUGUCUCUUUCCUUUGUUAGAACAUUGCUUUCCCUUCAUUGUUAAAUACUUUUGUUACAUAAGCAAUGUUAAUUUCUUUUUUCUUUUUCCUCAGCCCCUCCGGCACGUAUCCUGUCACAAUUCAUGAAAUAUUUGUAAAUUAAAGUAUAUAUACAUAUAUUUUUUUUUUCUUUUUUAAUUUAUGUCGAGGCAGUUGUAACAGCAUAAUUUAUUUGAACAUUUUAAUCGCUUUGAAAACUGAUCUUACUUUUGACGAUGGAUAGAUGGAGAGCCUUAUCUGAGAAGAAAUGAAUUCAGUUAUUAUUCCUAUCUAUGAAGUUCAAUUUUUCAGUUAUCAGUGGUCCGCGUUGUCUUCCAACAGUCUGUAUUCAAUGUGCCCACCAUUCUUUUUUACAAGCAUCUUUCCCACUCUAAAUAUGAACUGCUCUUUUCUCUUAUCACAGAAGACCUGUGGAAUUUUUUUAUGAAAUCCCUCAAUUGUUUUGGGGUCAGUGGGAUGAAGAGCAAUCAGUAUUUUACCAAUAGUAAGGCUCUUGGAAAGAGAGAGAGCCAAAGCAUGUGAAUCCGGCAACUGUACAUUUUGUAUCGAUUGUAAAAUUCAAGGGUCCAGGCAUGAACAUGUAUAGUGACUUUUUUGGAGACAGUGAAGCAUCGAUUAUUUUGUAUUAGCAGAGCCAAUCUCAAAGUAUUACAGGGAAAAAAUGGAAAUUUACAACACCAGUCUGAAUUUUCUUCAGGCCAUUUGGUCCCACAAAGCGCUCUUCUUAAAAUUGCAGAUCAAUCACAGAGCAUGUUUGUGCAUUUGACCUUUCAAUUAUGACAUUGUGUCCUUGUAUUAAAAUGGUUGAGUGUGAUCACUGUAGUUCGUCAAAACAUUCUUAGCACCGCAGCCAUUUUACAUUCAGAUCCUUGCAUGUGUAUUCUUUUUUACUAAUUUUGUUCUUCCUUUUCUUUACUCAUUUAUGAAAUUAGACCAAUCAAAUAUCAUCAUUGACAUACUUUUCAUAUUUUUUGUAUAUAAUCACGCAGACAAACUAAAAUUUGUUGUACCACCCUCAAUGCCAACUUUAUCAGAACGUCAAAUAAAUUAACACCAGAUACCUUUAAAUUUUUUGUACAGGACUUAGGUGGAAAAAAAAACCUCCUAAGAUAAUUCAAUCGUUCGAAACAGUAGAUUAUUUGAAUAUUGCAGGUUUCUCAGCAUUGCUUUGACAUAAUUAUUACCCUGCAUCCCAAAAUCAAAACAUGGUGCUGGACCAUUGUCAUUUAAAAUUCUCAGAAAUUAUUUUCCUCUUUAUCUUCUUUCGGGAACUUCUUAGCGUUGUUUAUCAUGGUCUAAUUGUUGUUAGACAAAGUACUUGUCCAUACUUCUCUGCAACUAAAUCUAACUUAAACUUUGCAACUCAAAUUCAAUUUGAAAAGCUCAAUUUGUUCAGUUGGAAGGAGCGCCUGAGAGUGUGAGAAUUUGAACCAACCAAAUGGCUCAAAUUCAAAGGGGAAAAGUAUAUUUCAGAAUUUUCAAAGCAUCACAAUACUGCGGAUUCACUUAUCUUGAUUUCAGCACCUAAAUCCUUUAGUGGACAAAUGGAGGAAAGUCCCCCAAUCUUAAAGGAAGUUAAAAUUACUGCAAGAGAUCCGUGACCUCCCGGUUAUUUUGUUUUAUUUAUCAAACAAUUUUCAUGAUAUAUUGCAAACAUUGUACAUACAUAGGUACUGGACCUCUAUUAUUUUUUCAUCCCUCCUCUACAGAUCUGUAAAUUACAUUUUACCAAUUUAAAACAGCUUCUGUAGAUGUUACCUAGGUGCCAGCCAAAGUGACUUCAUCUCAAUGUUAUUCACCUAUGCUGUUUUACUAAAUAUUCACCCCGUGUAUAUAUUAAAAUGCAACUCAUCCGAUGAAUUUUCUUCUUCUGGCAACUAAAACUUGAAAGAAUUCAGUAAUGGAGGCGUACAGCGAGUGAACAUUUUUUUUAAAUCCGAUGUCCGUAUAAUUUCACCCCUCUUAUUAGACUUGUAGUUCAUUUUCUUGUGGGGGAAGGAAGAAAUGAAAAGUAUGGUUUUCUUAAGAGAGAAUGGGAAAAGUUUCUGCCAUUCUUCUUUCCUGAAGUUUUGAUACUCUGUGCAGCCUACAUUGCAGGUUGUCUAAGUUUAAAAAUUGAUAAAAAGACAAAAAAUCAUUCCCAAGAAGAGAAUGUUCAAAAGUUCGGAACACUAGCAUGCGAUCUUAUUGAGUCCAGAAGUGAAGGAUAGAAUUUUUUCUCAGUUACUUGUAGUUGCUGGAUUCAAUUAAACUUUUCUUUUCCUAUCCUCCCCUCUCUAAUAUGCAGGAAAAUUGAACCAACUCUUUCGGAUACCUCACUAGCAUUAGUUUAUGUCAAUUUUAGACAGAGGUGUAGUAUUUUGGGAAAACUUACGGUCGAGUAAAAUCCGCGAUGUUAUUUUUUUCUUUCUUUUUAAAUUAAAUUUGCAUGUAUUAUUGAGGACGUGACAUCAGCAACUAACGACAUCGUCAGCAACUGAGCAGGGCUCCUUUGCAUUAAAACUGCUGACAUGAUUAUCCCACUUGCAGAAAAUGAUCUCCAAGCAAAUGUAACUGCACCUUUUAAGAAAUAUGGACGCAUGUUUUUUACCAUCAGACUUAAACAUCUGAUCAUUUUAAAUGAAAUUUCAAUCAUAUAACUCAAAAAAGUUGAGUUUAGGGCAUCACAUGAUCAUGAUGCUACUCUCAAAUUCUUGGUGGGCACAAAAAGUUUUCUUCACAGAUUUUUUUUUUUUUUUUUUUUUUUUUUUUUUUUUUUUUUUUUUAAUUUAUUCUACGGGAGGUACAUCAACAUAUUUUAAUGAGAUCUUCUAGCUUGUUCUUUUUACUACGCCACAUACAUUUUAUACACUUUAAACUGGAUUUAGUUCACUUGUGUGGUGAAUACUUUUGUCAAAUCUGAAUUAAAAAAUUCAAACGAUUUUAGCCAUGUUUAUUUCUCAAAUUUUCUGAUAAAAGAGUUGCAGGAACGGGCUUAAAAGGUCUAAAAAAUAAUUUCUUCAAAACCUCUUUCUAUUUUUCUGUAGUUCCCUCGUAACAAGCGAUUACAUAUAUAUUCUGUAGCAUGUAAACUCUACUCUCAUUCAAGUCUUAAGAUCAGGAGACUUAAUUUAACGUGCGUGUUUUUUCUUUACCUUAAAUUUAAGUUGACUUGUCAUCGGUUUUCAAUCCUGUCAAAUCAAUGUUAACAUUGUAGUGAGACUUUCCUCGUCUUGAAAACUAUAUGUUAUGCUGGAACAAUUGUAUUUAAACUGUUAAUCUAGAAUAUACAUUGGAACUGUGAAUACUAGAGCGAUUUUUGUAAAUAUUGAAAUUAAAGAUAAAUCCGUUUCUAAUAUUUA